AUGCUGUAUGCCAGCGGGCAGCGGCUAUCCAACACCAACAUUCCCCAGCACGAGUUCGGGAUUGAUCACUGCAGGGGCAUGGCUACAGAUAUGAUGGUUGCCGAUGGUGGUGUCAAAACCACUGCGGGCGAGCCAAUCGCUGAAUGGGUAAUGAAUCACGCCAGCAGCCUCUCCCUCGAAUACGUUAUGUGGGGCCAGAGAAUCUGGCAUCAUGGUCAGGACAGCGUCAAACCUUGGAGUCAAUGGCGAUAUCAGUCCUGCACAGUCAUUCCGAAUUGCGUCAACGGCGAUAGAGGGGACAACACGGCGAAUCAUUGGGACCAUGUCCACGUUAGCUAUCGCUGA